UUCACUGCUACAAAAAAAAUCUCUUCUUCUGUCUAUAAAGACCGUCUCUUAUUUCACUGUUUGAACUCUCCCUUUUUUGCAGAAAUCGAGUAGGAGGAUUUCUGAGGGAUUUGGUAACGAAUAUGGCAUCCAAGCGAAUUCUGAAAGAGCUCAAGGAUCUCCAGAAAGAUCCUCCUACCUCUUGCAGCGCUGGCCCAGUUGCUGAAGAUAUGUUUCAUUGGCAAGCAACGCUUAUGGGUCCAUCUGACAGUCCUUAUGCUGGCGGAGUGUUUCUUGUUACCAUUCAUUUUCCGCCUGAUUAUCCAUUUAAGCCUCCAAAGGUAGCUUUUAGGACAAAGGUUUUUCACCCAAACAUCAACAGCAAUGGUAGCAUUUGCCUCGACAUUUUGAAGGAACAGUGGAGCCCCGCACUCACAAUAUCCAAGGUGCUGCUGUCUAUCUGUUCUCUGCUAACGGACCCUAAUCCUGAUGAUCCUUUGGUGCCUGAGAUUGCUCAUAUGUACAAGACCGAUAAAAGCAAGUAUGAAGCCACUGCUCGGAGCUGGACUCAAAAGUAUGCCAUGGGUUAGUUGCUGAAACACAAGUAUUUGGAGGUGCUCCUUUUCCUCUGAUCUUUUUGUUUUUUUAUCUAUGAUGUAUUAAGUAAUUGUGUUUCUUAUGCAUAAUUAACUCAAGGGGAAAGGUUGAAUUGUGACCCUCUGUGAAACACUUAAUUUGCCUUAUGUGUGUAAGAUUAAAUGGUUUUGAAAUUCUGCUGGAUGGGUUCUAAGUGGUAAGCAUUUUAACCAUUGGUAUC